AUGGUUGUUCCCUUCGCUUACGGCGUUGUACGUCCAGUUUCCGCUCCAUGGAUCCGGUUAAGCCGAUGCUCCGCAAACCCGUUUCUCCCCUGUAGAAAAGGUUCAUUUUCCGUUUCGAGAAAUGGGCCCUAUCGUUGGAAGAGUACCCUCCAAGCUUCCCUUCAUUCAAGUUCUGUAAGUGUUUCAAAUGGAGCCAUUGACCAAUCGGAAAUCAUUUUCAUAGGAACGGGGACUAGUGAAGGGAUUCCGCGUGUUAGCUGCCUUACUAACCCUAAUAAGACAUGUCCAGUUUGCAUCAAGGCUACAGAACCGGGUAACAAGAACAGGAGACUUAACACAAGCAUCCUUGUUCGCUUCCAAAGACCAUCUGGAAUGUGUAACAUUCUUAUUGAUGCGGGCAAGUUUUUCUAUCAUAGUGCUCUGAAAUGGUUCCCUGCUUACGGGAUAAGAACAAUUGAUGCGGUUAUUAUUACUCACUCUCAUGCUGAUGCAAUUGGAGGUUUGGAUGAUUUACGCGAUUGGACAAACAAUGUUCAGCCUUCUGUCCCGAUUUAUACAGCACAACGUGAUUUUGAGGUCAUGAAGAAAACUCAUUAUUAUUUGGUAGAUACAAGUGGAGUUACACCUGGUGCAGCAGUUUCAGCAUUGCAGUUUAACAUAAUUCAAGAAGAACCAUUUUUAGUGCAUGAUCUUCAGUUUACUCCAUUGCCAGUGUGGCAUGGACGUGGUUAUCGCUCUCUGGGUUUUCGUUUUGGCAAUAUUUGUUACAUUAGAUCGAUCUUCAUCAACUCACUUUGGACUUCCAAAGGCUUUGGAGGAAGUUCGAAAAAUCCGACCAAAAAGAACACUGUUCACCGGUAUGAUGCAUUUGAUGGAUCAUGA